AUGAAGAUCAUUUACUAUCUCCUCCACUUUCUGUGUUAUGUGACCUUCAUCUUACCAGCCACAUGUGCCUUGGUGGAUCCUGAUCGGUGCACAAAAAAGUUCGGUUACUGUAGAAGACGCUGCUUUAAAGAUGAAAAACAAAUUGAUAUAUGUCUCUCACCAAAUAAAAUUUGCUGUACUGAGAGCUUACUUGAUGAAGAUUAA